UGCAUCUCUCUGUGGUGGUUCGAUUCAACCAUUAGGCAAGACAAUUUCUACAGUUUAGAUUCAAGCGCUUGGCACCGACACGCUGGUCACUGACUCAGGGCGCAAGUGAGAUGCAGUAUGCUAGCACUCUGCCAGUAAUACCGCCAUUCACAACACGCAGCGGUGUGUUCACUGAGCUGGUGGAAACCAAACAGUCAUAAACGUGCCAGAUAUGAGUCUCUCUAGGGCACCACGCACUGUAUCAGUAGCCGAUAGUAACAGACGCCUCAAAUUACCCCGAUUUUGUCAGUAAUUUGUGUAGUGACGUUCUACUGAUUUUCAAAAUAUAAUCCACUGAAAACAUGUCGGCUGUUUACUUCACCAACAAGCUCUUGUUCGGCUCUCUGCUCCUGCUGCUGCUGGUGCGAUCAGGCAGCCUAAGGGAGACCUCCAGUCACCAACUCCUCCCUGACCUCCCCCACCCCUACCGCACCCUCUCCUCCUCCUCCUCCUCUUCUUAUGCUGCGGCCUCCGUCACCCCUGAUGACCAGGCUGACCUCCUACCGCUGGCCAACCGUGACCCUGACCCCCAGCACGUGCCCGGCUUCCUGGAGAGCUCACAAGAGUCGGGCUUCUACAGCGAGGACAGCGAGGAGAACAAGCCCUCCCCGGCAUCUGUGCAUCUGUGGGACACCAGAGAGGAAGACAACAACACCGGCCUGGACUCAGAGUCGCUCAUAGGUUACAGCCUCUCCUCCCUCCAUCCCAACUCUUCGACUCCUCCCCCUGCUCCCUCCUCGCCCUCCCCCUCGUUGGUUGAGUCCGUGGACUCGGACCUGUGGGAGAUGGAGAGCGAGUCUAGCGGCGUCCUGUCCGAGCCUGCGUAUGGCCUGUCCCCGACAGACGCCUCCGUGGUGGCCCAGUCCACCGUCACAGACGCCUCGGACAACACUGGACCGCUGCUGGGGCACCGGGGGGAGCAAGCCUGGGGGACAGCUGCACCUGACGGGGCCGCCUCUGAGGAACAGCAGGGAGCCGCAGAGGAGGAGAGGAGGAGCGUGGGCAGAGAGAGCAGUGUGCCAACGCAGGUGCCCACUAUAGCCGAGAUGGGGCCUGUGCCCAGCGGGGUCCCUCUUCAGCCGGAGGUCUCAGAGCACGAUGGCACAGAGGAGGAAGAGGAGAUGGUGGGAGGGGAGGAAGAGGAGGAGGAGGAGAGGAUGCUUGCUCCUGGUGGAGGCGAGGAGGAGGAUGAGGAGGAGAGAGGAGAGGAGAGGGAGUGGAUGGAGAGCAGGGGGCGGCACCACCAUACCCCCCUCACAACCGUGCUGUCGUCCUCAGUCAUGCCGGCUUUGGUCUUUACCCAGGUGCCCUGGCAGCACCUGGGGCCCUCCGACACCGACGGCCAGGAAGAGCAGGAGAGCGAGCUGAGACACGGCGACACCGAGUACAUGACCGAGUCGGACCUCCUCAACCCACAGCUAUCCCAGGAGACCGUGCAGGUUAUCUGCGUGGACUGGAGCAAUUUGGCAGGGAAGGGCUACAUCAUUCUCAACAUGACAGACAACUUUGACUGUGUAAGGACUUUGCCUGUUGCAAUGCAGAAUCAUCUUUUAGAUGGCCUUUUUCAAGUU